UAACUCAGCCUGGCGUCUGGGUUUGGGACCCGGUAUGCACUGUGCUUCACAUCUGUUCAAAAAAACAAGUUAGACAUCUGGAUGUUACAUUUCUGCAGGCGUGUUAUGGCAAAGACUGCUUGGAUUUUACUGGGUUUUCAAUUCAAGAUCCAGCCCAUAUUAUGGCUGGCAGCAGGUCCAGGUCAGGAGCAUCUGGUGGGCUUUCCAUGAAAUCACAGCUUCAAAUCACAGUUAUUUCAGCAAAACUAAAAGAAAAAAAUAAGUGGUUUGGGCCUAGCCCUUAUGUGGAAGUGACAGUAGAUGGGCAGUCAAAGAAGACAGAGAAAUGCAACAAUACAAACAGUCCGAAGUGGAAACAGCACCUCACAGUAAUUGUCACUCCUGUCAGUAAAUUAAACUUCCGAGUCUGGAGCCAUCAAACAUUGAAAUCUGAUGUCCUUCUGGGAAGUGCUGCUCUGGAUAUCCAUGAGACUUUGAAAUCGAACAGUAUGAAACUCGAGCAGGUGGUGGUGACAUUGCAGCUUCUUGGUGACAGAGAGCCAGCAGAAGUGGUGGGAGAUCUGUCUGUCUGCCUAGAUGGGAUGCAGGUGGACCCUGAGCUCCUAACCAAUGGUGACACUUCAAGUACCAGAAGUCCAACACAGAACGAUACCUCCAGAGUGAGGAAUGAUACACGGACGAGCUCCAAUGGCCUUGAAAGCUGUGAAGAUGCUGCUCCCAGUGAAAACCAGACUGUUAAUGGCAGUGAUUCUCCAUUACUCACAAAUGGAAACUGCAAACCUGCUAGACCACCCAGGCCUUCCAGACCCCCGCCACCCACUCCCCGCAGACCUGCUUCGGUCGCCGUGACUGCAAAUGGGCCUUCAUCCACCUCCACAGAAAAUGAUGGGGCCAGUGCGGGUUCGCCGGCAGGUACAGCUGCAAAUGCCUCAGCGGAACAGAGCCCAGAGGGGGCAACAGCUCCAGCCACAACAGCUCCUGCGACUGCUGCCCUCACCACACCUCCAGUGUCCAGACAAGUCCAGCCAGUCAGCCCUCCAUCCCAGGCACUCGCUACAGUCAGUCAAGGCCCUCUGCCACCUGGUUGGGAGCAAAGAGUAGACCAGCAUGGUCGAGUCUACUAUGUAGAUCAUGUGGAAAAGAGAACAACGUGGGAUCGGCCAGAGCCUCUUCCUCCAAGCUGGGAGCGACGAGUUGACAACAUGGGAAGAAUUUAUUACGUUGACCACUUCACUAGAACAACAACGUGGCAGAGACCGACAUUAGAGUCUGUCCGAAAUUAUGAGCAGUGGCAGCUUCAGCGGAGUCAGCUUCAAGGAGCCAUGCAGCAAUUUAACCAGCGAUUUAUAUAUGGGAACCAGGACUUUUCAUCCACACAGAACAAAGAGUUUGAUCCUCUUGGCCCUUUGCCACAUGGAUGGGAAAAGCGAACGGACAGCAACGGCAGAGUGUAUUUUGUCAACCACAACACACGCAUCACUCAGUGGGAAGAUCCCAGGAGUCAGGGUCAAUUAAAUGAGAAACCUUUACCAGAAGGCUGGGAAAUGCGAUUUACUGUGGAUGGCAUUCCUUAUUUUGUGGAUCACAAUAGAAGAACCACUACAUAUAUAGAUCCCCGCACGGGCAAGUCUGCUCUAGACAAUGGACCCCAGAUCGCUUAUGUGCGUGAUUUCAAGGCAAAGGUCCAUUAUUUCAGAUUCUGGUGCCAGCAACUGGCAAUGCCCCAGCACAUAAAGAUUACAGUGAGCAGAAAAACAUUGUUUGAAGACUCAUUCCAACAGAUAAUGAGCUUCAGCCCUCAGGAUCUGCGGAGGCGUUUGUGGGUUAUUUUCCCUGGUGAAGAAGGCUUAGAUUAUGGAGGUGUUGCAAGGGAAUGGUUCUUUCUGUUGUCACACGAAGUUUUGAACCCUAUGUAUUGCCUGUUUGAAUACGCAGGGAAAGAUAACUACUGCUUACAGAUAAACCCAGCCUCUUAUAUUAAUCCAGACCACCUGAAAUACUUCCGAUUUAUUGGAAGAUUCAUUGCCAUGGCUCUGUUCCAUGGGAAAUUCAUUGACACUGGUUUCUCUCUGCCGUUCUAUAAACGUAUCCUAAACAAGCCAGUAGGACUCAAGGAUUUAGAAUCUGUUGACCCAGAGUUUUACAACUCUCUCAUCUGGGUAAAAGAGAAUGACAUUGAAGAAUGCGGCUUGGAAAUGUUUUUCUCAGUUGAUAAAGAAAUUCUAGGUGAAAUCAAAAGCCAUGAUUUGAAGCCAAAUGGUAGCAACAUUCUGGUCACAGAAGAAAACAAAGAAGAAUACAUUAGGCUGGUAGCAGAGUGGAGGCUUUCCCGAGGUGUUGAGGAGCAGACACAGGCUUUCUUUGAAGGCUUCAAUGAAAUUCUGCCGCAACAGUAUCUGCAGUACUUUGAUGCUAAGGAACUGGAGGUGCUUCUGUGUGGAAUGCAGGAAAUCGAUUUGAAUGACUGGCAGAGACACACCAUCUACCGGCACUACACCAGGACCAGCAGGCAGAUAAUAUGGUUCUGGCAGUUUGUGAAAGAAAUAGAUAAUGAGAAGAGAAUGAGGCUCUUGCAGUUUGUCACUGGAACGUGCAGAUUACCAGUGGGAGGAUUUGCUGACCUCAUGGGGAGCAAUGGACCUCAGAAAUUUUGUAUUGAAAAAGUUGGAAAGGAAAACUGGUUACCCAGGAGUCAUACCUGUUUCAAUCGCUUAGACCUUCCGCCCUAUAAGAAUUACGAGCAGUUGAAGGAAAAGCUGUUGUUUGCAACUGAAGAAACAGAAGGAUUUGGGCAAGAGUAGCUAAAAUUUGCACCUUGAAGAAUGUGAACUCAACACGUUGUAUGUUCUUCACCUCUUCUGCUUGUUGCACACUUCAUUGUAAAGUAGACGUGUCUUGGAUUUAUUUAACAGUACUAAUGUGUAAGUCAGUGGAUGUUAUCCUGAGGUUUUAUCCACAUUAACUCUGGAUUUCUACUGAGCACUUUCAGAAAUCAAACAAGCAAUCAGAUAUGGCUACAAAGGAAUUAUGACCUAAGUAGAGGUUUAAUACAGCUUUGGGCUCUGCUUUGUUUUACCAUUCAUUAAUUAGAAUGUGUCCUUAAUGACUGAUGGAUUUUUAACAAUAGUUUUAUCUUUCCUUUUUAGUAGCAUUUUUCGCUACUGAUGCACUGGGAAGUUCAUUGGUAGCUGCAGUGCUGCAGCAGCAUCGUAAGCCUCUUUACAGCAGUUAUCAGAGCCAGCUUGGACCCAUCCUCUCCUACCGUGAGCGGAUUCAUUGCUUUAAGCUCUUUUUUCUAACUCAAGCGUGGCCAGACUGUUUUUCCCCUCCCUGAAUGCUGCUCACAUGCCAGCUGGACUCAAGCUGCUGUUAAAGGGGUGUCAAACUGUGGCACAAAUCCAGAGCAUAGCUUUGCUUUGUUUUUUUCCCAAUCCUGCUAAUUUCAGCAAAAUAGACACUCGCCCAAAGAUGUUGGAACAUUUCUGUGUGCCCUCACCAGAAUUGUGAUUUUUUUUCUGUGCAGCACAUUUAACUUUUAAAUCCAUAUUAACACUGUGGUACUUUACUUGUUUUGCAAAAGACAAGACCACCUGGAAUUGCACUGAUUCCGUUUAGAUUCCCGUUUGCAGACUGAUGUUUCUUGAAAGAAGUGUUAAUGGACAUUAUUCUCAGUGUUAUUCUUAUAUUGCAGUCGGUUUUCUCUGAAGGCUUUGUUGGGUUCUCAGGAAGAGGUACAAAACAACUGGAUUUGGAAAAUGAUGAUACUUAUCUGUUUUGCCGAUUACCUGGUAUGUGAUCCUGGCAAAGGCUACGAGGGUUAGAAAGUUCGGACACAGAUUGUAGGUUUUUUGAAAAGCCAGAGCAUCAGUAACUAAUUCUGUAAAGACUGAAACUUUAGGUUUUGGGGGAGGUUUCUGAGCUAAUUCACCUUAAGCUGCUUACAGCUUACAGUAACUCUUGUAGGGAGCUCCUGUUGGAUUCCUAACGUAUUUUCCUUCCCUCGAUGAUCUGUUCAUAUUCAAUUCUCUUUUGGUUUACAAUUAACAUUUUGCAUUUUACUGCUCCUUUAGACUGAAUGCACUUUCUGGGUAUGGUCAGCUCCUUCCCUGCCUGAAAGGAGGGGAGCAAACCUCAGCGACGAGCUGUUAGCGUAGCAGGAGGCACGGCUCUUGAAAUAGCGUGUAGCAUGCCUGAAACCGUAGCCACAGCUGAGAUCUCUGGCACGGGAGCUGGUUUUGCCAGGCUUCCAGAUAUCGAAGCUGAAACAGGACAGUGGGAAACGCUAAAACUCAACUUCCCAUCUUGAGUAUUUCUUUCCCGCUGUCCCUUUUGUUUAAACUGUAAGAGGGAAAAACUGAUUCGGGCCCAAGAAGACCCAAGACACUACAGUUUUUAACCGACUUCAGGAGUUUUCCAGGUCCCAUGCAGUGAUACGCACUUACUGGAAGGCAGUACUGGAGGAGCGAGAAGCUCUUGUGUCGUACGUGUGCUGAAAGAGGCGCAGAAGAGGGUUCCCCAUGUUACAGAAAUGACCCUCUCUUCCAGUGUCAGUGAUGGCGGAAACAAACCUGACUUCAGGGUUUUGCGUAGGAGGGAAAUCUGCCAACUUCAAACCACUUGAAGGAUGUAUUACAGAAUAUAGCUCAUGCGGAGAAAAAGGCCUUAUAAAUAUUUUCUGUUUAUAUUAAUUCUUACAAUGAAAUGUAGUUAUCUAACGUAUUUACCAGAGAGAUUAAAUUAAGCAAGAUAAUGCAAGAUUAAGCUAUGGAAAAUAGUCUGUGUUCUGCAUAAUGCUUUAUGAUUCAUGUAGGGAACCUAGAAAUAUUGUUAAUUGUAUAAAUAUCACCCAAAAGGCUUUCAGCCCUAUAUUU